AGGGUCGCAACAGGGAGAUGGAAAAGCAUGAGCAGGAGCAGUGCUUUCGUCCUCAAUUGGCCUAUACUCUGACGUUCGCUUUUAAAAGAGCGCUGUCCUUCUUUCUUUCCUCCCAACUACCACGUUGCGCUAUAUAACUCUCCUCAUCCCGUCAUCCUCAAGCACUCUAACGAACCAGCCAUGUCACAUACCCCACAGUCUGGCAGAGCUACGCCUUUGCACUUCAGAGAUAUCGUGAGUUGUCACCUUAGCCCAUGGCACUUCCACUGUCACUCUGGCCCGCUUUCCCCCACGGAGACCGCUCACGAGAUUCAUGGACAUGACCAUACCCUCACACACGCCAAACAUGUUGGAGAGCACGUACUGAAUGUUCUCUCACAACAGGUUCACGAUGUCAUGAGACACUACAAGAGCGAGAAGGAGUCAGAAGCUCACAGGAUCUUCCGUGAAUCUGCGGGGCACAAGCCUAAAGGCGUUCUCCCUCAGACCGUGAACCCAGAUGAGGAGACGGUACCAGGUAUCAAGCACCCUGGCAGUACCGGUGUUAUUUACUGCUCCGACCGUGCCAUGGCCAACGGGUUUUCGUAUGCGUCUUCUCAUGAAUGGGCUAAUCUGGGGCAAGGCGCACCGGAAGUUGGUCAAAUCCCCGACGCGCCUCCAAGGCCUACUGUGGUUGAGCUGCCAACUGAUUCAUUGGAGUAUGCUCCUACUACCGGUGUCAAAGCGCUGAGAGAGGCGGUCGCAAACUUGUAUAAUGUCACUUACCGUCAGGGUAAGAAGAGCCAGUAUACCUUCGAGAACGUUUGUAUCGUUCCUGGGGGCCGUGCUGGUCUGUCACGUGUCGCAGCCGUCAUCGGUGAUGUCUACUGCUCAUACCAAAUCCCGGAUUAUACCGCCUAUGACCAGGUUCUUUCUGCGUUCAAACGUCUGGUUCCUGUUCCCACCGCGCUGGAGCAUGAGAACGAAUAUCGUAUGGAUUUGAAGCAAAUUCGCAAAGACAUCCGAAUCCAAGGUCUCGAGGUCAUUAUUGCGUCGAACCCACGUAACCCCACUGGCCAAGUCAUCCAAAACUCUGAACUUCAGGAUUUAAUCACGCUGUCUCAUGAGACUAGCACUACUGUCAUACUUGAUGAGUUCUAUUCGUGGUAUAUCUACCCCGAAGAUGAAGCCGACUUCGGUAAAUCAGUCUCCUCUGCAUCGUUCAUUGAGGAUGUCAACGAGGACUCCGUCGUUAUCGUUGACGGUCUUACCAAGAACUGGCGUCUCCCUGGUUGGCGUGUCUGCUGGGUCAUAGGACCUAAGAACCUAGUUACUGCGCUUUCUCAGUCGGGGUCCUUCUUGGAUGGAGGGGCCAACCACCCACUUCAACUUGCCGCGAUUCCUCUUCUUGACCCCAAACGUGUCGAAAUUGAGCGCUUGGCAUUGCAAAAACACUUUAAGCACAAGCGUGAUCAUGUCUUGAAGCGUCUUGAGAACAUGGGUCUGAAAGUCGACAUCCCUCCCCAGGCGACAUUCUACAUCUGGUUGAACCUCGAGCAUUUACCUGCUCCUAUCAACAACGGAUUGACCUUCUUUGAGGAGCUCUUGAAGGAGAAGACGAUCGUCAUCCCUGGUAUCUUCUUUGAUAUCAACCCUGCGCAUCGACGCAACCUAUUCAACUCACCUUGCCAUCACUUCGUGCGGUUGUCUUUCGGACCGCCUCUGGAGGAUCUGGACAAGGGUCUUGACGCUAUUGGACGCGUGUUGAGGAAAGCCAAGAAGGACGGGAUGAAUGCAUUUGGACAUAGCUAUAAGAAGAGUGUGGAUGGUACUUUCACACCUAAGUUUGUCUAAGCUAUGAAGAGGCGGGGGAUAGUACAUGAGAGCACAACAGAUACCUUAGAAUUUCUUGGAGAAUACACGACAUACACAGGUUGGUAUGUAUCUAAUGAGCUUCUUCCAUUGGGCAUGUAUACCAGUAACUCUUGUAAUGUGUACUAUGGCAUGGCAGAAUUCUGGCUGC